UGUUCUAUUUACGCGCCGCGACGGAAGAAGGUCCCCAGAAAUGGUCAACUCGUCAUGGGCUCAAAGAGAGACAGCAGAUCCAGGUCCCGCUCGGGGUCUCGAUCUCGAGCGCAUCUGAAGAAGAAAAGUGGGUCCACGUCGAGGAGACGGUCGCACUCUGGGAGUAGGAGCCAUCGGAAGCGGAGCAGCAGGUCCAGAGAGAGAGGGCGGCGAUCCGUAGAUCGGGGCUUCGGCUCCGACAGCAGCGACAGGGCCUCCGGGAAGCGGGCGACCAGCUCUGCCUCAGAAGAUGGACGAAGGGAAGAGAAGAGGAGCACGAGGGAGAGAAAGCGGAAGAAGAAGGGGUCCAGGAGCCCCAAGAGCCCCAGGAGGAGCCCCUCCUCUAAGAGGGAUUCGGGCUCCGGCGGGGAGAGCAGCCGGCGGCGGAGGAGCCCGGACCGGGGCGACCGAGGGCGGCGGCGGCGGAGUAGGAGCAGAGAGGGGAGCAGCAGACGCGAGAGGCGCACGGCGAGACGCUCCCAGUCCAACUCGUCCGUGUCCUCGCAGUCCUCGCGAUCACCGUCCGGAGACGGGCGUCACUCACCGCCGGGCCCCGAGGAGCGGGUGUCGGCCCGGGAGGAGCGAAAGAAGCAGAAGGAGCUGAUGAAAGCGCUGGAGAUGCCCGAGGAGAAGAGGGCCCGGCGGCUCGCUAAGAAGGAGGCCAAGGAGAGGAAGAAGCGGGAGAAGAUGGGCUGGAGUGAGGAGUACAUGGGCUACACGAACGCAGACAACCCGUUCGGGGACAACAACCUGCUGGGCACCUUCAAGUGGCAGAAGGCUCUGGAGAUGAAGGGUAUUGGCCACCUGGGUGAGAAGGACCUGAAAGAGAGGAACAAGCGCAUCCAGGAGGAGAACCGACGUGAGCUGCAGAAGGUGAAGCAGCUGCGUCUGGAGAGGGAGCGGGAGAAGGCCAUGCGGGAGCAGGAGCUGGAGAUGUUGCAGCGGGAAAAGGAAGCAGAGCAUUUCAAGACGUGGGCGGAGCAAGAGGACAACUUCCACCUCCAUCAAGCAAAGCUUCGGUCAAAAAUUCGGAUCAGGGAUGGACGGGCUAAACCCAUAGACCUGCUGGCCAAGUACAUUAGUGCCGAGGAUGAUGACCUGGCUGUGGAGAUGCAUGAGCCCUACACCUUCCUAAAUGGCCUUACGGUUACGGACAUGGAAGAUUUGCUGGAGGACAUCAAGGUGUACAUGGAGUUGGAGCAGGGGAAAAACGUUGACUUCUGGAGGGACAUGACAACCAUCACAGAAGACGAGAUCAGCAAGCUACGCAAGUUAGAGGCAUCAGGAAAAGGACCAGGGGACCGCCGUGAGGGCAUCAACACCUCUGUGAGCUCGGACGUGCAGUCCAUCUUCAAAGGGAAGACCUACAGUCAGCUGCAGGCUCUGCACCUCAACAUCGAGGCCAAGAUCCGGGCUGGUGGCUCCAACCUCGACAUCGGGUACUGGGAGAGCCUCCUGCAGCAGGUCCGGGUGUACAUGGCCCGUGCUCGGCUGAGGGAGAGGCACCAGGAUGUUCUGAGGCAGAAGCUCUACAAACUGAAACAGGAGCAGGGAGUGGAGAGUGAGCCCCUCUUCCCCAUUGUGAAGGAGGAGCCGCCCUCCCAAGAGUCAGAGACCCACAGGGAGGAGGAAAGUGAUGAGCAGCCUGGGCUCUCCUCUCCGUCAGGAACUUCGCAGGGCAAGGAGGGCGGAGAAACGCAGGAGGAGGGCGCCGGAGAGCAGGCGGAGGGGGAGGAGAAGACGGAGGCCGUGCUGACCGAGGAGGACCUGAUCCUGCAGAGCCAGGCGGAGUAUGACUCGGGCCGCUACAGCCCUUGCCUCCUGCUGACUUCCGACCUGCCGCUGGACACCCACGUAACGGAACCCGAGGAGGACCUGCAACGCCUGCAUCUGGCACGCCGGCAGCUGCAGGUCACAGGUGAUGCAAGCGAGAGCGCGGAGGACGCCUUCGUGAGGCGUGCGCGGGAAGGCAUGGGUGCCGACGAGGCUCAGUUCAGCGUGGAGCUCCCCCUCACGGGUAAGGCGUACCUGUGGGCGGACAAGUACCGGCCCCGCAAGCCGCGCUUCUUCAACCGCGUGCACACAGGGUUCGAGUGGAACAAGUACAACCAGACGCACUACGACUUCGACAACCCGCCGCCCAAGAUCGUGCAGGGCUAUAAGUUCAACAUCUUCUACCCGGACCUGAUCGACAAGCGCUCGACGCCGCAGUACUUCCUGGAGCCGUGCACAGACAACAAGGACUUCGGAGUGCUGCGUUUCCACGCGGGGCCGCCGUACGAGGACAUCGCCUUCAAGAUCGUCAACCGCGAGUGGGAGUACUCGCACCGUCACGGCUUUCGCUGCCAGUUUGCCAAUGGCAUCUUCCAACUGUGGUUCCACUUCAAGCGCUACCGCUACCGGCGCUAAGGGCCUGCAGCUUCUUCUGGGGCCAAGUGACUGUGCACCAGGACCUGUGAAGUUCCAGCUGGUGGAGAAACUAAACUGGUUUGUUUUCUAUGUGCUUUUUUUAAUCCAAAGCUUGUUUUGUGUGUUUAUGUCCCACGCAAUCAGCCCUUCAGACAUUGAAAACAUGCUUUUAUUUUUUUUUUUUUAAAAACCACCUUCCCCUUUCUCUGUGACAAAUUAAACAUCUUUCUUGACAUAAAUGUCUGCUCUUUAUA